AAAAUUCUACUCACACAAACUAUUGAUGUAGUUUUUCAUUUUCCCCGAUGGAAUUCUGUCAUUCAAGUUUCGAACAUUAUAUGAUACGAAUCGAAGAAUGAAAAAAAAAUCCACCGACAUGUUCUUCGGGCGUUGGCAAGGUUGAACGAGAGCAGUCCAAGUAUAAAUUCUUUCAAAUUUGGAUGCAUCUGUGUCAGUUGUUCUCUGAAGACAAUCGAAUCCACACUAAACACCAUGAAUUCCUUGCCAAUUGUAACUUUCUUCGCCGCUUUGGCCGUCACCAAUGCUGGAGUCCUAGCUCCUUCGGCAAGUAUCAUCCAAGGACCAAGCAGCAGGACAAUUGUUGCCGGUCCAGAUGGUAGUGUCAUCUCCUCAGUGGCUCCAGGAGGUCAGAUCAUCUCUGAAGCAAGCCCAACUGUAGUUGCAGGAGCAGCUCCGAUACUUGCUAGCCCAGUAGUAUCAACUUACUCGUCUCCAGCACUAUCAGCUUACUCGUCUCCAGUGCUAUCAGCUUAUUCAGCUCCAGUACUGUCAGCUUACUCUGCUCCUGUGUUGUCGGCCUACACUGCUCCCGUGGUAUCAGCUUAUGCUGCUCCAGCUGUUUACGCCAGUGGCUUGGCUGGUCAUAGUUCCGAAGACACGGUAGUGGCUGGUCCCUCGGGAACCAUUGCUACUAGCAGAAAAGUCGCUACCCCUGCUGUUUACGGUCACGGAAUUCAUGGACUCUACUUCUGAUUCGAACAUCUGAUCGACUUAUAUUAUUGAAAAUAAACGUGUUGAUUUGAUCU